AUGAGGGAAGAGCCCCCCUCCCCACACGUCCCUCUGAUUCUACUGUGGGACUAUUAUGAUAAAAUGAACUGGUUUGUUGGAGGUAGAUCUGGCUGCGUCAACCACCCACAUCCCUCUGGUGGUUGGGGAGCCCGGGGUUGCAUGAAAAUCAUCCUGCACUUUGCCAGUGGCCACAAAGCUCUCUGGGGACAUUCCUCUCCCUGGGUGGCGGUAUUUUGGGGAGCGGAUGUGAACUUCCCUGAAGGGGAGAGGUGUAAACUCCCAGCAUCCUGCUACCACCCCCGCCCCCAUCACCCUUCAUUUCCCCAAGUGCAGGCUGGGGGCAGAGGAGAGGGAAGGGGAUUAGGUGCUCGGGCCGGGGAACCGAGACCCAGGGUGUCACCGCUGACAGCAGCUGGCACGCAGAGCUGCAGGGAGACCAAGCCGCGGCCCCGCGGAGCCGACACUGCCAUCUGGCUAGAAGGCCCCACUCUUUCUUUAACCAGAGGUCACAGUCUCACUGCCUACCCAGGAGGCAGCCCCGAGACGCCCCCUACGGCCUGGGUUUUCUCCACCCUGUCCCCGCGCCCACCCCAGCUCUGCCUUCCCCGGCUGCACCGCUUUGUAAAGAGGACGGCUGGUCAGACGGAAUCACUACGCUGGCCUGCGCUGGGUUGGGCCUGGGGACCGGAUCCGGGACUUCCGGAGAGCCCCAGGGUCCCCGCGCACCCAUCCACCCGCGGUCGCCUGAGCAUUUAUGGGAAGGGGCGGAGGGAAGAGGCCAGCAGCUCUCAGGGGAGUCGUCGGAAUGCUGGGAGCCUGGGAACAGACCCUGCGGUCCCUGGGAAAGCCAGGCUGUGGGAAUCCCACCGUCAGCCCCCUCCCCAUGAUGGGCCACCGGAUGUCAGAGACCCCAGUUCCCCAACAGGGAUCUUUGUGAGGGUGGGCCCCGCCCCCCCAGUUCAAGCCCCAGCCUGGCUCGACCCCAGAGUUCAGUAGGCCAGCUGUGACGAAGACAGCCCCUCCCCCGCUCUCCGCCCUCUACCCCCCUGCCUGCUCCAACAUAAUCCUCGCCAUUGUGCCCGUUGCCCCCUCCCUCUGCUCCCCCUCUCUAGACCCCUGUACAAUGGGGCCUUUGCAGCCUCCAGAAUGGAGAUGAACUCACGGUUUUUCCAAGUUUAAAAAUAGCCCCUCCAUCCCCCAGAAGGCCACCCUCCCUCUCUCCCAAGGUGUUGUGGGGUACACCUCCAUCCCGGCUGUGCCUCCUUCCUCCUGCCCUGGGUCAGGUGCGAAGGACAUGGGUGAGACAGCAUCCGGCGGGAGCAGGGCUGCUUCCCCCGAUUCAGUCUCUUCCCCCACAUCUCCCACAGGCCCCCCAGUACAGUAUCC